AUGAAGCGCUUGCUCUAUCCUCUCCUUCCGUUCCGCACCCUCCCCACCAGCCACUGUGCAGUGAACGCGUGCCUGGCCCCUUUAUACAGCGUGGAAGGGGCAGCAGUGGUUACAGUGGAGGGCAUCGGCAGCACGCGGGGGAGGCUGCAUCCGGUGCAGGCGGCUCUGUCCUCCUCUCACGGCUCUCAGUGCGGCUUCUGCACACCGGGGUUUGCCAUGUCCAUGUAUGCUCUGCUCCGCUCCUCCUCCUCUGCAGCCUCCUCCUCCGCCUCCUCCUCCGCCGCCCCAGCCGCCUCUGCUUCCUCUGCUUCCUCAUCUUCCUUGUUGCCUUCCGAAGCUGAGAUAGAGGAGGCAAUAUCAGGCAACCUGUGCCGUUGCACCGGCUACCGGCCCAUUCUCGAGGCCUUUCGCACCUUUGCUCGCGCCGACGCUGCUGCCUAUGCUGCUGACACUGCAGCUUCCCAUGCUGCUGCUUCUCAUGGUGCUUCACGUGCUGCUUCUAAAGUGACUCUUCGGGAUGGGCUUGUUGACGGGCAGCUUGGGGCGGCGCUUUGUCCUUCCACUGGCCUGCCCUCCUACAUCCACGUGGCAGCCAUCCCUGCGCUCUCAGAGAUCAGCCAAUCAGAGCACGGCAUCACCGUGGGUGCAGCAGCCUCCCUGUCCGCCCUGCGCCAAGCCAUGCUGGCAGCAGUGGGGGGUAUACCAGCUCACAAAACGGCUGUGUGUGCGGCUGUAGCGGAGCAACUGAGGUGGUUCGCUGGUGUGCAGAUUCGCAACGUGGCAACGCUAGCUGGUAACAUCGUAACAGCCAGCCCCAUAUCCGACCUCAACCCCAUCUUCAUCGCUGCCAACGCGACGUUCCACCUCGCCAGGCUGGCACCUCGGGCUGCUGACGUGGCUGAUGCUGACGUGGUAGCAUGUGCUGACGUGGACAAGGCCCAGCAAUCCUCCCGUCCAAUCGAGCAGCGACAGGUGGCAGCACGGGAUUUCUUCAAGGGGUACCGGAAGGUGGAUUUGAGGGAGGGCGAAGUCCUCACUGCUGUGUUCAUUCCGUGGACGCAUCCCAAUGAGCACAUAGUGGCAUACAAGCAGGCACACCGCAAGGACGACGACAUUGCCCUUGUCAAUGCGGCUCUGCGCGUGCUGCUCUCCCCUCCCACUCCAGACGCCCCUCCUACUGUCAUCGACUGCUCCCUUGUCUUCGGCGGCGUGGCAGCAACAACUGUAUCAGCCCACCGCACGCAGCAACAUCUGCUCGGCCGCCCCUGGACUCAGGAAACCCUUCAGGUGGCCCUUCAGGUGCUUCAGGAGGAGAUCUCCGUGCCUGAGAACGCACCUGGAGGCAUGCCUGAAUUCAGGGGGUCUCUCGUUCUCUCUUUCUUCUUCAAGUUCUUUCUGCUCGUGGCCCACCGCGUGAAUGCACACACUCAGCAGCAGCUGCUGCCAGGGAAAAUGGGAACGGGGGCAGAGGGAGGGGCAGGGGCAGAGGGAGGGGCAGGGGCAGAGGGAGGGGCAGGAGCAGAGGGAGGGGCAGGAGCAGAGGGAGGGGCAGGAGCAGAGGGAGGGGCAGGAGCAGAGGGAGGGGCAGGAGCAGAGGGAGGGGCAGGAGCAGAGGGAGGGGCAGGAGCAGAGGGAGGGGCAGGAGCAGAGGGAGGGGCAGGAGCAGAGGGAGGGGCAGGAGCAGAGGGAGGGGCAGGAGCAGAGGGAGGGGCAGGAGCAGAGGGAGGGGCAGGAGCAGAGGGAGGGGCAGGAGCAGAGGGAGGGGCAGGAGCAGAGGGAGGGGCAGGAGCAGAGGGAGGGGCAGGAGCAGAGGGAGGGGCAGGAGCAGAGGGAGGGGCAGGAGCAGAGGGAGGGGCAGGAGCAGAGGGAGGGGCAGGAGCAGAGGGAGGAGCAGGAGCAGACCUGGAAGCAGAGAAGAGCACCCUCACAACCAUCAGCACCACAGCCAACGCCAGCAGCAGCAGCGACGCAGCUUCCGUGUGGCCGCCCCCCACCUACCUGUCCGCUUUGGACUCUCUCCCUCGCCCCUAUCCCCGUGGCAUGCAAGCAUGGGAGGCUAGACCCUUGGCAGAGGGUGCAGCUACUGAGGGAGGAGGGGGAAAGGCAGCAGGGGAGGUGGUGGGAGUGCCGGCUGUUCACCUCGCUGCUGACCUGCAGGUGCGUCCUGCUUUCGUCAGGUGGGUUCAGAUCAGCGACUGUGCUAGUGGCGCCGCUAAAGGCAGUACCAGUGGACCGCUAAAGGCAGUACCAGUGGCGCUGCUAAAGGCAGUACCAGUGGCGCCGCUAAAGGCAGUACCAGUGACGCCGCUAAAGGCAGUACCAGUGGCGCCGCUAAAGGCAGCAGAGUAUGCUGAUCACGCGCCUCUCCCCCCAUCCGCCCUGCUUGGCGAGGCGGAAUAUGCAGACGACACUCCCCUCCCCCCCUCCGCCCUGCACUGUGCUCUCGUGACAGGGGAAGCAGAGUAUGCAGACGACACUCCCCUACCCCCCUCCGCCCUGCACGGGGCUCUCGUCCUCAGCACCCGUCCCCACGCCCGCAUCCUCUCCAUCGACCAAUCAGAGGCCGCCACCUGUCCGGGAUUUUUGGGGAUGUUUGGAGCCAAGGACGUGCCUGGUAGCAACCGGUUCGGUGCGGUGGAGCACGAUGAGGAGGUGUUUGCUUCGGAGAGUGUGCACUGUGUGGGACAGAUCAUUGCAGUGGUUGUUGCCGACACUCACGACCACGCCCGGGCAGCCGCAAAAAAGGUCAAAGUGAUCUACGAGGACCUGCCCGCAGUACUCACCAUCCAGGAAGCCCUUGCUUCGGGCAGCUUCCACAAAUUCCCGUUCUCGGGCGGGCAGACCGAAAGAAACCUCCUCAGGGUCCCUAACCCCCCUGAGAAAACCGAUCAAGAAAACGGCUCAGAAGAGAACAACAUAGUCAAACCCUCCCCAGCUGAUUCAGCAAGCUUCCAAGUGCUCGCCGCCCGGACCGGGUCCUCCGUCUCCGCUGCUGAUGUGGAAUCCGUCCUUGCUGACGUGUCCCAAUGCCCAUUGGUACUCGAAGGCGAGCUGGCAAUGGGCGGGCAAGAGCACUUCUACCUCGAACCCAACACCUGCGUGGUCUGGCCCGUGGACGGGGGAAGGGAAGUCCAUAUGCUGUGCUCCACACAAGCCCCCACACACCACCAGAAGGACGUUGCUUCUGCCCUCGGAAUCCCUAUGCACAGGGUGGUUUCGAGGGUUAAGCGGCUGGGAGGGGGGUUUGGGGGGAAGGAGACACGGAGCGUGCUGGUGGCGGCGGCGGCGUGUGUGCCGGCUUGGCGGUUGAAUAGGGCUGUGAGGAUUACGUUGGAUCGGGACGAUGACAUGAAGGUCACGGGUCAGCGACACCCCUUCUAUGGCAAAUACAAGGUGGGCUUCACCCCUUCUGGUCGUCUCGUGGCCGUCCAAGUCCUGCUCGUGUCGAACGCCGGCUGCACGCUCGACCUCUCAGCAGCAGUGCUCGAGCGAGCUCUCUUCCACUGCGACUCCGUCUACUCAGCACUGCACAUGCACGCGCGGGGGCGCAUGGCACGCACGCACCUGCCAUCCAACACGGCGUUCCGGGGGUUCGGGGGACCGCAGGGCAUGAUGGUGAUGGAGAGUGUGAUUGAUCACGUGGCGAGGACCCUUGGGAAGAGCGCGGAAGAGAUAAGGUUUCUAAAUCUCCAACCAGAGGGUUACACUCUGCACUUCGGCCAGCCGCUGACUCACAACCCGAUGCACCGAAUCUGGACGCAGCUGCUGCGCUCCUCCUCCUUUGUAUCCCGCCGAACCGACAUCGACACGUACAACUCCACAAGCCGGUGGCGAAAGAAAGGUCUCGCAAUGAUCCCCACCAAGUUUGGCAUCUCAUUCACGGCCAAGUUUCUGAACCAGGGAGGGGCGCUGGUGCAUGUGUACACGGAUGGAACGGUGCUGGUGACACACGGAGGGGUGGAGAUGGGUCAGGGGCUUCACACCAAGUGCGCUCAGAUCGCUGCUCAGACUCUGGGGGUGCCGCUGUCGAAUGUGUUCAUCUCUGAAACCAGCACGGAUAAGGUGCCUAACACCUCUCCGACGGCUGCAUCAGCAUCGUCAGACAUCUAUGGGCGGGCGGUUUUGGAAGCAUGUGAGGAGAUCAAGCGGCGGAUGGAGCCAAUCAGGCAGCAGUAUCCGGCGGAGUCGUUCGGGCAGAUUGCCGAUCGAUGCUACAGAGAGCGAAUAAACCUGUCAGCCCAAGGCUUCUUCGCCACCCCCAACAUCGGAUUCGACUGGGCUACAGCGUCAGGCUCGCCCUUUGCAUACUUCACCUUUGGGGCAGCGGUGGCGGAGGUGGUGGUAGAUGUGCUUACAGGGGAGUGGGUGGCGCCGCGGGUUGAUAUUCUCAUGGAUGUGGGGCGAUCACUGAACCCAGCUAUAGACAUUGGACAGAUAGAGGGAGCCUUCGUGCAGGGCAUGGGGUGGUCGGUGAUCGAGGAGAGCAAGUGGGGUGAUAGCGCCCACCCCUGGGUGGCGCCUGGGUCGCUGUUUACCUGUGGACCCGGCACAUACAAGAUCCCGGCUGCUUCUGACAUUCCCACCGACUUUAGAGUCACUCUGCUUGCUGACUCCCCCAAUCCGCACGCAGUGCUGUCAUCCAAGGCGGUCGGUGAGCCUCCUUUCUUCCUUGGCUCAUCCGUCAUGUGGGCCAUAAAAAACGCCAUCUACGCCGCCCGGAAGGAUGCCGGCCACACUGGCUUCUUUCGUCUUGACUCUCCCGCCACCCCUGAGAGGAUUCGGCUGGCAUGUGCUGAUCAGCUAACAGAGCCGUUCUGUGGGCCGAAUGUAGUGCCACGGCUCAGUGUGUAA